AUGGAAUAUGUAGAAGUACAGCAGAAAAACAUGCAGGACGGCAGUUUGAAGACAGCAAGGUGGAUUCCCCCUCAGUCAGAUGGUAUUUAUAAACUUAAUGUGGCUCUCUCCCAAUCAAAACAGUCAUAUUCAGUGGGUAUUGGACUCAUUAUCCGAAAUAAAUUUGGAGAAGUGUUAGCGGCUGCUUGUGAUAAAGGUGUGAAGGAAUUAAACCCUCUGUGUACUGCCGCUUGUGUGGUGAGGAAAGCUUUACUAUUCUGUCAAAGUACAAGUUUUUCCAAUGUGGAGGUGGAGUGUAAUUUUGCAGAGUUGGUGGACUUGCUGAAUUCUGAUCGAAUAUGCUCUCUAGAGGUGGCGUGGAUUUUGGAAGAUAUUGCCAUUAUUAAGGAUAGUUUCAAUUUUAUUUCUUUUUCUAGUAUCCCUUUGAGAUGUAAUCGAGCUGCACUAGCUUUAGCUAAUGCUGCAAAAGAGAAAGAGGAGGUCAUUGUUUGGUUAGAAGAAUGCCCCUCUUUUCUCUUCCCCAUUGUACAUAGUGAUAUACAUCAAUAA